AUGAAGCUCUCCACUGUCAUCGUGGCCACCUCUGCCGCCUCUUUCUCGAUGGGCAAGUCGACAUCGUCGUCGUCGUCCGUUCCCACCACCUUCCAGACGUCGACCAUCAACCCAUCGGAGGCGCGCCCCUCGCCGUCGACGACGUUCGCCACCAAGACCAAGCCGCCCAAGGCCACCAAGACGACGACGACCCGCAGGCUCUGGACGCCCAUCAUCCAGCUCGCCGAGAUCCUCACCGCCGGCUGGCCCUGGGCCGGCACGGACAUGUGCGACAACUGCUGGGCGCGCGCCGGCGUCUGGCCGCAGCCCAAGUACGAGGACGAGUACCUGAAGAGAGCCAUCGAACGGUGCAAGAUUUGCUGCCCGCCGGAAAAGCUGGGCACCAAGACAUGCGAUCCGAGCCCGUCGCCCUGCAUUGCCACCCGCGAGUCUAGGAAAGAUAACCUCGCCGAUGGCAUCUUCCAAAACACCGAUCGGCCGAUACCGUGGAACACGUCCUCGGGGGAUGUGUUCCCCUGGAGCUUGGUGACGCCCGUUCUCAGCAGCCGAAGCGCCAGCCUCAUGAGCGAAAGCCUCAAGAGCGCGAGCGCUGGGAAGAUUACCGAGACCGACAAGCACUCUCCGAAGGAGUCCGCUCCCCCUAAGACUUAA